AUGAUGGCCGUCAGGUCGCCAGUGUCCAUCUUGCCAUAUCGCGAUCCCUCCAGCCCCUUUGCAGGACCCGAGUCAAUGUCGGGGGACAGCUCCUCCAUCUCAGAGACUACCCGAAACUCGGCCUCCUUUUCUCCAGACCUAAUCUCCACAACCACGACGGAUACUUUGUCGGCGACCUUGGAUCACAAGCUACCAAAUGAAACCAAGGCAAUUGUCGAUAAGAUUGGUGGGGAGGCAGUAGCUGCUCAAGCGACGCCGGUACAAAGAUCAAGAAUGGGGAUAUCACCUCCACUAGGACUAACCAUUCAAACCGCUCAAAUGCAUCAGAAUGGACUCGUUCCGCGAUCCGAUGAGGACGAACCACCUCAGUCAGUAAUCCAUGCCCCCGCUGGGUUUAGCGAAUUUGUCCGGCUGCAGCAAUCCUCUGAAGAGUCAUGCGAGGAUGAGGAAUCAUCAUCCCCAGGCGAAUCAGAACAUAUCCAAUCGAUAAGUGUGCCAGGAGGGGCAGAAACAUCACGGAAGAUUGGCACGAGCCCCAUAUCUCCGCCUCCGUUGACGACUAGUGUUGCGCCCGUCCAGGAUUGGUCUGAUAGAGCGACUCCCCGGGCUCAAACACGGCAAGAAUUUGAGGAAUCCGGACGACGCACACGUUCAAGCAGCUUAGAAGAUAUACCGGAAGGACACUUUGGUGGUAAAGAGGCGGAGAUCAAUGCUCUCCGAGCAGCUCUCACUGAAUGCUGGACCCUGUGCAAUACAUUGUCCAGCCUCAGUUAUAUCAAUCGAGAAAGACUCUUGAGGUCCCACAAUGAUGGCAUGCAAGAGGACGCCUGGCGAUCAUGUUGGCGACUAUGUCAAAAGCUAUACGACACUCGUGACGAUGACUAUUGGUCGCAAGUGAUCCCAACCCUUGACUUGUGUCGAGAUUUCUGCCAGGCGUUGUUCGAAGUCCGUGUUUGUGACAGCGACCUUACCGACUCCGUCCUGAGAGUGAGCUUUGAACUUAAUAAUCAUCUCUAUAACACGCAUGACCGCAACCUCCCCGACGCAUUCCGUGAGCGUACAUUGGAUUUCUACAUAACCUUAUGCCACCGGCUCAUGAAACAGCGGACUCGUCUGACAGAGACGGAUUCCCUCCUUAGUGCCUGUUGGGCACUUGCUGAGAUGCUGUUCAGUAUUCGUCAAAGUAAAAGAGAAGGGAGGGAACUAGACGAGGAGCUGUUGGGCUCUGCAGUCCAGGCCUGCUGGGAGCUGUGCGAUAUCUUUCGCGAAGGCUGGACUCUGAAUAGCUUUCGCAGUUCGGAUCGAGGCACACCUCGCCCGAGCCAAGCUACCUUUGCUCAGGCGUUCCAGCAAGUAUCGCAGCAAUCGGAACUAGAAUUUGUCGAUGAUUCGCUAGAACAAACCCCAAAUCCCGAGACACCAACCACGAUCUUUGAUGACACCGCCACGGUUUCCCCUGAUGAAGCACCGGUUCCCAACAUAUUGGUGCUAGGACAUGGCACUGGCCAUACAACUUCCCAUUCUAAAUGGCCUUCCAACGUUUCCAACGUAUCCGAGAAGUCUCGAUCCUCUGGGCAGACAGCUUCCUCUGCCAACACCGUCACCACCAUGUCGGAGGACCCUAAUUUUACACGCCUCAAAGUGCUCAUCACCAAGGCUGCCAUCAUGAGUGGCUAUCAGCGAGGUGGCACGCAAAAUCUGUCCUCGUUUGUGAAAUCACUUCCAUUGGAUGCUUUUGGCUCGGCGCCAUGGCAAUCCUCGUUACUGAAAAGCUAUCGGAAGCUGGUUGCGUUCGAUCCUGCAUUCCGCAAUGUUGGAUCCCAGGCUCGUGUCGGCGCUAUCGACGUGGCCCACGCAUGUCAGGCAAUGGCCCAGAAUGGACAGUACUCCUGGCUACGUGAUCUAUACCGGCUCGUUUUUGGCUUCCAUCUAGAAGAGGCAAUGGGUCGGAAAGGCGUGACUAUUCAGACAUAA